AUGGAGAGCAUCUACGCCAACUACCCCGAGUACAAGUCCACGGCCCGGCUCGACGACCUCCGCGCGACGGACUACGGCUACCUCGACAAGCAGGACCAUCUGUACCUCGACUUCACGGGCGCGGGCCUCGCGGCGCAGUCGCAGCUCCGCGCGCACGAGAGCCGGCUCGAGCGGACGCUCCUCGGCAACCCGCACUCGGAGAACCCGACGAGCCGGUCGGCCACCCACCUCGUCGAGGACGCCCGCGCCCGCAUCCUCGCCCACCUCGGCGCCUCGCCGGACGAGUACACGGCCGUCUUCACCCCGAACGCCACCGGCGCCGCCCGCCUCGUCGCCGAGGCCUACCCCUGGACGCGCCGCUCGAGGCUCGUCCUCACCGCCGACAACCACAACUCGGUCAACGGCCUGCGCGAGUUCGCCCGUCGGGGUCAUGCCCGCACCGUCUACGUGCCCGUCCGCGCGCCGGAGCUGAGGGUCGACCCGGCCGACCUGGUGACGGCGCUGAAGCCCCCUCGCAGGAUAACGGGCAGUCGUCUGUUUGGUGGCGGCGGCGGCGGCGGUAACGGCGGCAAGGGACACAAGAGCAGCAGCAGCAACAACAGUAACAGCAACAACAGUAGUAGCGGUAGCAGGAAGAACGGUUUAUUCGCGUACCCGGCCCAGAGCAACUUCAGCGGCGUCCGGCACCCGCUCUCGUGGGUGAGCCUCGCGCAGCAGCAGGGCUACGACGUGCUCCUCGACGCGGCCGCCUACCUGCCGACGUCGCGGCUCGACCUGUCGCCGUCGUCCGGGGCGCGGCCCGAGUUCGUCAUCGUCAGCUGGUACAAGCUGUUCGGGUACCCGACGGGGGUCGGGUGCCUCGUCGUGCGGCGCGACGCCCUCGCGCGGCUGGCGGGCUCGCGGCCGUGGUUCUCGGGCGGCACCAUCGCGGCGGCCUCGGUCGGCGUGCCCUGGCACGUCAUGGCGCCGGACGAGGCCGCCUUCGAGGACGGCACCGUCAACUUUCUGUCGAUCCCGGACGUGCGCUUCGGGCUCGACUGGCUCGACGGCAUCGGCAUGGACCUCAUCGGCACGCGGGUCCGGUGCCUGACGGGCUGGUGCCUCGACCGGCUCCGGGCGCUCCAGCACGGCGACGGGUCGCCCGUGGUGCGCAUCUACGGCCCGACGGACAUGACGGCGCGCGGCGGGACCAUCUGCUUCAACUUCCUCGACGUGGGCGGCCGCAUCGUGGACGAGCGGCUCGUGGCGGCCGAGUCGUCGGCGCGCAACAUCUCGCUGCGGACCGGGUGCUUCUGCAACCCGGGCGCCGGCGAGGCGGCCUUUGGGCUGAGCAAGCGCGUGUUGGAGCCGCUGAGUCGGGCGCAGAUGCAGAUGAAGAUGCAGGUGCAGGUCAUGAACAGCGGUGGCGGCGGCGGUGGCUCGGCGGACGACUACAUACGGCUGCUGGCGCCCGUCGGGGCCGUCCGGAUCUCGUUCGGCUUCGUGACGACGACGGGGGACGUCGACCGGUUCAUAGCGUUUGCGGAGGAGACGUACCGGGACAGGCUGGCGCCGGUGAACGGGCUGCCGACACACGAUCGGUGUUGA